AUGCCGGCCCCACUAGAUCUCAGCAAAUCCAAGCUGUCAAUAUCCAACCCGCGGAUGAACCUGCGGCGGUCUGCCUCCCACCACAACUCCAGUUACGAGAAAAACCCCUUGUCCGCUACUUCGUCGCGCUUCAGCUUCAACCACCUCCUCUUUUCCUCGCCGCCACCAUCACCGAGUCUACCGGCCCUCAUCCCCCCACCCCGGAAAUCUCCCAUCCACCCGCGACCUAGCCGUGUGCUUCGGCUUGCAUUCUGGGUUGCAUUCGCAGCUUUGCUGUUCUACUUUGUAACAUUUCCUUUCCGAAGCAGCUUCGGCGUGCCGAACUUGAAUUUGCCACACCUUAGCACACAUGAAGACUUUGAGAUGGUCGGGCAGGAUGAUCUGCCCGACUUCCCGACCCCUAUCGUCAUUACCGACCACAGCGGGAAACACAAGUGGACUGUUUCAAUCCCCCCGAGCUACGACUUUCCAUUGUCGGUGAAGGAGUAUGGAGACAUGUGCAUCAAGUGCCGAGAGGUUGCUGCUCGUGUGAGAGACCUGCGCCAUCGGAUCCACAUUCUCGAUCAGGACCUCUCGAGUCCCGAGGCCCUGGCUGAUCCGUACUUCGUCGAUGUGGAGGAAGCUCAGAAGCUCGGUUUUCUCCCGGACCUUGCCAACAGCAGAUGGCCCAGCAAAGGACAGGGCAGAGACGGAGAUUUGGUCGGGGAGGACAAGGACUCGCUGGUGGAGAAGCCUAUCUGCCAGAGUUCAAUGACCAUGGUCCUGGAGACGGCAGAUGCUGGGAUCGGACACACCAUUAUGCAGCUUUGGACGUUCUAUGGCCUUGCACAGAGACAAGGCAGAGCCUUCUUCAUCGACGACUCUCGCUGGGCGUACGGCAAGUACACCGAUAUUUUCCAAGCGCCCCCCGCUCCAAACUGUCGCCCUCCGCCCCGCCACUACAUGGUCCCUUGCCCUCCUCGAGCUCGCCAUCUUGUGGUCACCUCGGAGACAGUGAAAAAACUUUGGGCUGGUUCUCUGAGCAAACCCUACGUUGACUUCCGAGCCCAGGAUGAGGAGGGAGUGCGAGAACUUUUCAACCUGGCACACGAGGGCUACCGAGCCCUGUUCGAUCUCAACAAGGACGACACUCAGUAUGUUUUCAACAGGGUUAAGGAAAUCAAGGCAAAGGCACACACCAAAGAUUCAAACCCUCGCGACUGCCUUAUUGUUGGGGUCCACGUUCGCCAUGGCGACUGCCACCCGCUGGAAUACCAAUACCGCGGGGCCUACAUCCCUAUGGAGAUCAUUGCUAACCGCGCCCACGAGAUCAUCGAGGCCAAACACAAUGAGUCCGGAAGAGAUAGCGGCGUCGGCAACGGACUCGCCGAGAAAAAAUCGUUCGUUGUAUUGGCGUCCGACGACCCCACAGUCUACGAUGCCGAUGACUUCAAGGGCUCCAUGCGCGCUCAGGAGCAGAUUCGUCUUGCAUCCAAGCAGGAGACCCACAAGGCCACCCCGGACAGACAUGUCAUGCAUCGUUUCGAAGAUGAGUCCUUUGGCUGGGAGGGCGGCUUCUUCGCCGCCAUGUUUUGGAACCUUGGCUUGUCGUCCAUGAGCGCUUCCAACGCCGCGACAGCUGAGAAUAAACAACUGGCUCCAUCGGCUGAGACCCUUCGUCUUCGCGGUUACAUCGGCCGGGCGUACAUGAUGGACCUAGCGGUUCUUGCCGGUACAAGCGAUGCAAUCGUCUGCACCGUUAGCGCCAUGGGCUGUCGUCUGCUUGCAGUCAUGAUGGGAUGGGAGUCCGCCAUGGAAUCGGGAAACUGGGUCAACGUCGACGGCCCAUACGGGUGGACCGGAUUGUCCAUCUAA